AUGUACGCCCUGUAUCUCGCCGGGGAGAAGCGCAAGGAGGAGGAGCGUCAGGAGCUCGCGGAUUGGACCGAGCCCGUGAAUAUGGAGCUCGCGGCGCUGCGCCAGGAGUUCUUGUCGCUAAGAGUGAAGGGAAAGCUCGACGCGCAUUUGUGGUAUCUGUUCGCCGUCGUGCUUAAGCAGAUGCGCCUGGCGAAGCAGGCCGUCUAUGCCUUCGAGCAGAGCCUCUCGCUGUUUCCGUACAACUGGGGCGCGUGGCUGGAGUUGGCGCCGCUGUGCGAGAGUGCGGACGUUGUUAUGGAGCUCGAUGUUAAACAGGAGUGGCUCAAGGCAUUGUUUUUGGCACAUUAUUAUAACGAAAUGGAUGAGGCGGAGGCUGCGCGACAGAUCUAUGAGAAUGUCCUUGAUGUCGUCCCGCACUCGGCCUUUGUGAAGGGGCAACUCGCGCUGGCAUUGUAUAAUGUGAGAAGGUUUGAUGAGGCGCAGCAGCUCUACGAUGACAUUUAUACAGAGGAUCCCCAUUGUUUGGACGGCAUUGAUAUUUAUUCCAACAUUUUGUAUGUCAAGGAGGACAAAGUGCAGCUUAGUUUGCUGGCGAACCGAUGCAUCAAGAUUGAUAAAUUUCGGCUGGAGACGUGUUGCGUAAUUGGCAAUUAUUACUCGCUGCGGGGGCAGCAUGAUCAGGCUGUUGUGUAUUUUCAGCGCGCGCUGAAACUGAAUCGGAACUAUUUGUCGGCGUGGACGCUCAUGGGGCACGAGUUUUUGGAGAUGAAGAACGCCUCCGCGGCUGUAGAGGCGUACCGGCGGGCGGUGGAUAUUAAUCCAAAGGAUUUCCGGGCUUGGUACGGUUUGGGACAAACUUAUGAGCUCUUGAGUUUGCCGCUUUUUACAUUAUACUAUUAUCAAAGGGCCGCUGCUCUGCGUCCAAAGGACGUGCGCAUGUGGUGCGCGAUCGGGCAGACUUACGAAGAGCUAUCAAAGCAAGACGAUGCGAUUCGGUGUUACGAGAGGGCGCGGCGGUGCGAUGACCAGGAUAGUCUGGCCCUUGCAAAACUGGCGUAUCUAUACGAGAAGAUGGCUCGGGAAGCACUAAAAGAUGGACGGCAACAAGAACUGGGCGUUUUUUAUUCAGAGCAAGCUGCCCAGUACCACUUGGCUAAUCUGACAAGGCGAGACCAGGAAACCUUGACGGGACCUGAGACAGUUGAUGCGCUCAAGUUUCUUGCUGAGCAUUACUAUGCUCGGCAAAUGUUGUCCCACGCGGAAAAGUAUUGCCACCGUUUAAUGGACUAUGCAGGGCGCGAUAAGGAUUUCGCAAAAAAAAUGCUGCGGCAAAUACACAAAAAGGAUGAGGAGUAA